CAAGCAUCUACCAAGCCUCUGCCGAGACCGAGCCAAGAUGUCGGCCUUCUUCCUUUCGCUGAUGCUAUUGCCCGAAGCUCUCGCACAAGGGUACCACAAGCUGCCAGUCAGUCGCACAUUUCGGAAGGGUACCAAGGCCCAUGCCAAGGCCGUCAAUGAGCCUCUGACUUUCGAGGAUCAAUGGUUGAAUGGCCAAGGUGGCUACUUUGCCGAUGUAAAGAUCGGUACACCUCCACAGUCCAUGCAGGUCCUGAUCGAUACUGGCAGCUCUAAUCUUUGGGUCCCCAGCACGAAUGCCGCUACAUGCAGGAAUUACACUUGUCCGGCCGGAGCCUUCAACGGGAACAUGUCUUCAAGCUUCGCGCCUGCAACAGGUGCGCCCAAGUAUCAUAUCAUGUACGGCGAUGGCUCCAUUGUGGACGGCAUCUACGCAUCGGAUACCGUAUCUGUUGGGAAUGCAACAUUGACGAACUUCACGAUUGGAUACGCCGAUGAGGUCCAGGUCUCGCCCAAUGUGAUGAAUGGAGCACAGUACGGCAUUAUGGGUGUAAGCUACGAAGGCGAGGAGACUGGUGCUUGUCCAGACGGCUAUGCGCCUUGCAAUGGCUCGUAUGUCAUCCCCACAGUGCCCGAUGCUCUGUAUAGAUCAGGCGCUAUUGGCUCCCGUUCGUACUCCCUAUAUCUGGACGACGUGGUCGAGCAGAAAGGCAGUAUUCUCUUCGGAGCAGUGGACACUGCCAAAUUCUCAGGCGAUCUAGUAACAAUGGCGACUAUCACGCAUCAAGGCCCAGAAGGCGACGGCUUGAACGGUGAUUACGUCGAGCAAGGUCUUUACCUCUCAUCCGCCGCAAUGACCAUCAACGGUACCAGCACGCAGAUCACCACAGAUGGAUACUCCAACCCGGUCUUGUUGGACUCUGGAGCUGCCGCAAUCACUUUACCCAAGAAAGUCUACAAUGCGGUAUCAGAAUUGCUUCCGAGCGAUCUGAUCGUAACCUACCAAGGCUCGGCCGCUGUAUUCUGCGAUCAAUCUGCUUACGAUCUCACCCUUACCUUGGGCUUCACCGGAGCGGACGACAAGAAUACGACCGUUGAUGUACCGCUCCGCGAAAUCUUGGUGCCUCUAUACACCGACGAAAGCUACAAUUCCACGACCUUGGCGACUAAAGAUGGCAGGGCUAUUUGCAGCAUCAAUCUCGCUUCAGGCGCAGAUGGUGAACAACUCACUGUCGGCGACCCAUUGCUGAGAGCGGCUUACGUUUUCUACAACUUGGACGAGAAGACCAUCUCCAUCGCCAAGCCUACAUACUUUGCAGACCAGGAGAACAUUGUGCCAGUCAAUGGCUCCACCCCAAGCCUCACUGGAACUGGUGCCGAUUCGAUCAAUGGAGGCAACGUGACUGUCCCAGCUUCAGCAACGGCUGUGGCUGCCUCAGCAACAAGCAACACCGGAUCUGACUCUUCGCCCUCAGCAGCGAGCAGCACUGGAUCCGAUUCCUCUCCCUCCAGCACCAAUGCUGCAACAUUGGCGUAUGGAUCGAUGAGUCAAGGCGCUUUGGUUGCUGCUUUUGCAGUGCUGGUUGGGCCUUGGUAGAAUGAACAGAUAUGAUAUCGACAGGAAUAAAGUUAGAAUGCCUUGGCGGCAUUAUGAGAGAGACUAUGAAGACAUUUUAAUGAACACCUUUCAUCCAACCUGC